UGUAAGAGGUACUGGCCAGACGAGGGGUCCUCUCUCUACCACAUCUACGAGGUGAACCUGGUGUCCGAGCACAUCUGGUGUGAAGAUUUCCUGGUGCGGAGUUUCUACCUGAAGAACGUUCAGACCCAGGAGACGCGCACUCUCACCCAGUUCCACUUCCUGAGCUGGCCGGCCGAGGGCAUCCCCUCCUCCACACGCCCCCUCCUGGAUUUCCGCAGGAAGGUCAACAAGUGCUAUCGGGGUCGCUCGUGUCCGAUCGUGGUUCACUGCAGUGAUGGGGCCGGGCGGACUGGAACCUACAUCCUGAUUGACAUGGUCCUCAACAGAAUGUCCAAAGGUGUGAAGGAGAUCGACAUCGCAGCUACGUUGGAGUACAUACGAGACCAAAGGCCCGGGAUGGUGAGAGCCAAGGACCAGUUUGAGUUUGCUCUCACCGCUGUAGCGGAGGAAGUCAACGCCAUUUUGAAGGCACUGCCACAGUAAGGCACGUUGGUGGUGGGGGGGAGAGAGAGGAGAGGGGGAAGAGAAGAAUCCUCCCCACAUACGUCCGAGUUGAGCUGCCACCUCCCAACACUGACCCAACACCGCGUCCCACCCGCUCCCAUCGUCGUGUGUGCGUCCCGUAACGUUUACCGUGUGUCAUCGCGCCUUACCGGGGGGGGGGGGAGGGGGGUGAGUCACCUGAGCGGGUGGCGCAAGCGAGCAGGGGCUUCUACGAGUU